GCCGUAAGUAAAACGUAAUAAAUGACACAAAUUAAAAGUUGCACGAUUUUUACACAUUAUUUUAUUAUUAACUUAAACGGGACCUAAAUUUAACUCAGCUUUAAAACUAAAUGUUCGCAAUGUACAAAGGCGAACUCUCGAAAGGCGUAGUCUCGAAGAAACACUAAAACAUUAAACAUCACAUGACAUUAAAACAUCUAUUGCGCGAGUUUUCUGAACUAGCCGCACUUCAUUUUGUUUAUUCGUUUGAACGGUUUAGCGGUGGCAGCUUGGUUCCAUUUUUAUCACUUGUCAUUAUUAUACCCGUCACUUUCGCGCUUACAUACUAGCUCCAUUGGUACUAGCCGACCAUAUUAGCUCUACCUAUAGGGCUUGAUUUCCGAUUGAUCUUCAAAAUGGCGAAGUCGUCUCGAAACAUGCUUCACAAUUAUGCAACAACACUAAACAUUAGGUACAUAAUUAUGCGCAACAUUGAUAGUGGCCCUUAGUGAUUAAUUAUUGAUAACCUACUGGAUAAGGCGAUGUCGUUUGACUUAAAAUACUAGUGAUAUGUGCGCGUCUGCGCAGCGUGCCAACAAUUAUAUUUCUGUGGUGCCGACUGCCGACGCUUUCCAUAAGUCCUGUUUAGAAAUAUUAUUGAAUAUUUGAUUUUGUUACACUUCCAUUGUGUAUUUUACAAUGUUGUGGUUAUUAGUGGGUUUAUUAACAGUAGUACUAUUGUUGUACUUUUACGGAACGCGGACUUUCGGCUACUGGGCGAAGCGUGGGGUCAAGCACGAUGCUCCUAUACCGUUCUUUGGCACCGCGAAACGACAGUUCCUCCAGCAGAUAGCCUUCUCCGACAUUUACGAUGAGAUGUACCAGAAGUAUCCCAACGAAAGAUUCGUCGGAUACUACCUCAUGACUACUCCGCUCCUGAUUUUAAGGGAUCCCGAAUUGGUUAAGCAUGUUUUAGUGUCAGACUUUAACUAUUUCUAUUCAAGAAACUUGCACCCGAUCGACGAUAACCCUGAACUGUUAUUGAACAAUCUGUUUUCCUGUGAAGGAGAUCUCUGGAAGUUGUUGAGACAGAGGAUGACGCCCGCCUUCUCGUCCGGCAAGUUGAGGGCGAUGUUUCCCCUGAUCGUGGCGAGGGCCGAGAAGCUGCAGCGAGUGGCGGCCGAGGCGGCGGCGAGUGGCACCGAGGUCGACGUGCGGGACCUCAUGGCGCGCUACACCACCGACUUCAUCGGAGCCUGCGGCUUCGGCAUCGAUACUGAUUCACUCAACGAUAAGAACUCUAUGUUCAGAAAGUUGGGUCAACGCAUAUUUAUCCAAGACACGAGAGAUGUGGUUGUAUCCAUUUUUAAAUAUGCGAUGCCGAGUUUAAUGAGAAGUUUCCCCUUCCUGUCACCUAUUAUUGAGAAACUUAUGUCACAAUUAGUGAAAAAUAUAAUGAAGGAGCGGAAUUAUAAAAACUCUGGCAAUAACGAUUUCAUUGAUUUGCUUUUGGAUUUGAAAGAAAAGGGAAAGAUGGUUGGCGAGUCUCUGAUGCACAAGAACGCUGACGGUACACCUUGUUUGGCUGAGAGGGAGAUGGACGACGACCUGAUGGUGGCUCAAGUGUUAAUUUUCUUCGCCGCCGGUUUUGAGACGUCCUCCUCGGCGACCAGCUACACGCUGCACGAGUUGGCGCAUCAUCCCGAGCACCAGAGGAAGUGUCAGGAGGAAAUUAACGCGGUUCUCGCGCGUUAUGAUAACAAAUUAUGUUAUGACGCUAUCAAGGAGAUGCAGUAUUUGGACAUGUGUUUCAGUGAAGCCAUGAGAAUAUUUCCCUCUCUCGGCUUUUUGCAACGCAAGUGCGUGAGCACCUACACUAUCCCGGGCACGGAUGUGACCAUCGACCCCGGGGUCAACAUCAUCGUCCCGGUCAAGUCGCUGCACCUGGACCCGCAGUACUUCCAGGACCCGGAGGAGUUCCGUCCGGAACGGUUCCACCCGGACAACGUCGCAAGCAUCGACAAGUAUAUAUAUCUACCCUUCGGGACUGGGCCGAGAGCUUGUAUUGGUGAGCGCCUGGGCUAUAUGCAGUCGCUGGCCGGGUUGGCCGCGGUUCUGAGCCAGUUCUCAGUGGCGCCCUGCAGGAGCACAGUCCGUAAACCCAUAGUUGACCCCACGGUUAUGUCUGUACAGAGUGUCAAGGGAGGCCUGCCGCUCGCCCUCACCCCUACGAAGAAGACUCAAUGAAGUCCGCCACCUGCCGAUUUUCAACAAUUCACUUGCAUUUCAUUGGCUGUUUAAUAAUGUUAUAUGACACUGUGUGACAGGAACAAUAAACUAAACCACUAUCAAUACUAUUACGCUGUCCCUGUCACCUAUGUAUGGGCCUCUGCAACUCCAAUUUUUCUAAAUACAGGAAGACCAGGUCAAAGUCUACAUUAUAUGCGAGAAGUAAUAUUAAUAUAAUAGUGAAAUUUUUGCUUUGAUUGAAUUAUUGAUGUAGGAAUGGAACGUAAGAGGAUAGCGUGAAAUGGAACAUAAGGGAGAGAGAAGGAUGACAGUAGGUGCGAGAGGGACGGGGAGAAUGAUUUGAAUAGUGAGCGAGCAAACGUGUGUUCUGAGAAUAAAAUAUUAAUAAAAAUUUUGCUAUAUAAAUAAAGCCAAGUUAAAUGCUA